UUUAAAGUUGAGCAUUUCCUGUUGCUACAUUUGUCAUUCCCUAAAAUGGCGAAUUUAGCAGCUGCUGUUGUUGCUGCCGCUGGCAGAGAUCCCGCUGUUGACCGUUCAUUGCGCUCUGUCUUUGGUAAAUUUAUUGAUGGGGGAAUACUAGUUGAUUCAAAAGUGUAUGUCGAAGAAUACGUUUGUACUCACAGCUAGCGAGCUGGAUAGCUUACAAACCGCGCUAGACAUAGCACAGCAGCAGAUAGCUAACUAACUAAUGUGUGCAGGAUUUGUAUCAAACGUAUUUUUAUAGAUCGCAAGUAUGCCUCACGUUAGUUAGCCAAGGUAUUCCUCUGUCAGUAUCACAGACUGGGAAACAUUCCAUAUGAGGCCACAGAGGAGCAACUGAAAGACAUUUUUUCAGAAGUUGGGCUUGUUGUCAGCUUUAGGUUAGUGUAUGAUAGGGAGACAGGCAAGCCAAAAGGAUAUGGCUUCUGUGAGUAUCAAGACCAGGAGACGGCCCUCAGUGCCAUGCGGAACCUGAACGGAAGAGAGUUCAGCGGCCGAGCUCUCCGUGUCGACAAUGCUGCUAGUGAGAAGAAUAAAGAAGAGCUCAAGAAGUUCCUGAGUGGCGCAAGGCACUGCAUAUCCGUGCAAGAGGUGUCACUACAGUCCCUGGUUCGUAUCAAGACUGUAUCACAUCCGGCCGUGACUGAGAGUCCCAUAGGGCUGCGUACAAUUUGCCCAGCAUCGGCCGGGCAAAAGUGUUUUUAUGUGCACUACGUCAUCAUGCGCAGCCUUUUUAUCCGCAAAAGGUUUGGGGACGGGGGCCCCUAUCAUUGAGUCUCCCUACGGGGACAACAUAGUGCCAGAUGAGGCUCCAGAGUCUAUAAGCAGAGCUGUGGCCAGUCUGCCCCCAGAGCAGAUGUUUGAGCUCAUGAAACAGAUGAAGCUGUGUGUGCAAAACAGUCCCCAGGAGGCCAGGAACAUGCUGUUGCAGAACCCCCAGCUGGCCUUUGCCUUGCUCCAGGCCCAGGUGGUCAUGAGGAUCGUAGACCCUGAGAUCGCCUUGAAAAUGCUUCACCGUCAAACCCCAGUGCAGCCAUUGGUUCCCAACAGUCAAGCUGGACCAGUGCCAGUGGCCAACCAGCCUAUUCCACCGCCCAAUGCUCCAGUCUCCCAGUCACAGCCAAUGCCGGGCAUGCACAUGAACGGAGCCCCCCAGAUGAUGCAGCCCCCUCCCGUAGGUGGAGGACCUGGGCCCAUGCCAGGGCAGGGACUGGUGGGACCACCAGGUGGGAUACUGCCACCGAUAGGAAUGCCUCAGGGAGGUCCCGUUCCUAUCGACAGGGGACAAGGAAACCUCCAGCACUCUCCCAUAGGAUCGUCUGGGCAAGCUGCUAUCGAGCGGCCUCAAGGACCAGGUGGUAUCCCCCCCAGAGGCCUGCUUGGCGACGGCCCCAACGACCCCCGAGGAGGAACCCUGCUCUCAGUCACAGGAGAGGUCAUCGAACCCAGUCGUGGAGGAGGCUUCAUUGGCGCCCCCCCACCACAACAGGGGCCCCCCAUGCACAUGACCCAGAUGGUUGGCGGGCCUCCUCCGGACAUGAGGCCGCCUCACGACAUGAGAGGAUCCCCCAUGGGUGAACCCAGAGGCAUGAUGGGAGAGCCCCGGGGACCCCCCAUGAGUGAACCCAGAGGCAUGAUGGGAGAGCCCCGGGGACCCCCCAUGGGUGAACCCAGAGGCAUGAUGGGAGAGCCCCGGGGACCCCCCAUGGGUGAACCCAGAGGCAUGAUGGGAGAGCCCCGGGGACCCCCCAUGGGUGAACCCAGAGGCAUGAUGGGAGAGCCCCGGGGACCCCCCAUGAUGGAGCCCAGGGGACCCCCCAUGGAGACAAGAGGUCGUGACCCCAGAGCGGUGGACACCCGUGGACCAGUGUCAGGCCAGAGGGUUCCCAUGGCCCAAGGAAUGCAGGGUCCCCCCCCUCACUCCAUGAAUCCUAAUGCCCCUCCAACUGCCAGACCGGGUCCUGGUGUACCACAGUCCGGAGGUAGCUUCAGCCCAGGGCAAAGCCAGGUGACCUCACAGGACCAUGAGAAGGCUGCCUUGAUCAUGCAGGUGCUGCAGCUGACCCCAGAACAGAUUGCCAUGCUGCCCCCAGAGCAGAGGCAGAGCAUCCUCAUCCUCAAAGAGCAGAUCCAGAAGACGGCCGGGGCGCCCUAAAGAACAACCAAUUUCUUGUCCCCUAUGUCGACGUCACCUCAUCCUAAUUUCAAACAUUUUGUAGAUUGUUUUGUAUUAUAUUGUCUUUUUUUAAUGGAAGAUUGAAGUGAGUGCUUGUGAUUUGAAGAAUGUCAGUUCAUCUUCAAAUGGCAACACUUCAACAGAAGUGUUGCUGGAUGUUAUGGGUUUUCAUAUUGUCUAUCAAAAAUAGAUGAGAACAAUUUCAGUACUGUAUUUUAUUCAGCGGGAUGUUGGUAUGUACAGGUGAGGAUUUAAAGUGUCAUUGUAGAUUUAAAAUAAACUAUUUGCUCAAAAAGGACAUACAAAUUAAGUAGGUUGAGGUGGAAGAGUCCUCACAUUUACAAAAUAAUUCCAAGGAAAGUACAUUUGUAUACGUGACUCAUUUGCUAUAGAACAGAUUCUGUGGCUUUGACUGGCAAUGCCUCGCCCUCAUUUAACAUUUCAGUGCACCUGUGGCUUUGACUGGCAAUGCCUCGCCCUCAUUUAACACUUCAGUGCACCCGUGUCGUUUACAAGGAAAUGGAUAUACAGUAGGGCUUUUGUAUAAACAUUGCUAUCAUUUCCUUGAAAGCCUCAGUGUCAUGUUCAGCUAGAAAUGCUGUGAAGAGCCAAGUUUGAUUUCUUAUUCUACACUGAAUAAAACAUAUUUAAAGUG